UGGCCGCUCGAUACUACGAGUCCUUGGAAAGGUCAUAACCAAUAAAGUAGAUAUUAACAAGCGUGUGGCAGUGUUUGUUAGUGCGAGUGGAAAACUUGAAGGCCGCUACUAUUUACGUGUGGUUCAAGUUGAGUGGUUUGCUGCAGUUAAUGCAAAAUAAACGGUGUUUGAGCCGUUUCGUUGAUUACCACUUCGCCUUUUGCUCCUCAGCUGGUCAUUCAGUGAGUCAGCUAGCUAGCUAGCUAGCAGUGAGCCUCCGCAGCUGGUAGCGAUGGCUGCAGUUAUUCUGAGUUUCCCAACUCUGCAGAGUCUGAGGAUAUUUGCACAAAACCCGUCAUGGACCAAAAGAGGCGUGCGGCUCGUUUCUGGAGGGGUGGGAAGGAUAGAGAAGGUGCUGAUUGCCAAUCGAGGGGAGAUUGCGUGUCGUGUGAUGCGCACGGCCAAGAAGAUGGGCAUCCGCUCUGUGGCCGUGUACAGUGAUGCGGACAGAGACUCCAUGCACGUGGCCAUGGCAGAUGAAGCCUACCACAUUGGCCCUCCACCCUCCCAGCAGAGUUACCUCUCAAUGGAGAAAGUUUUGGAAGUAGCCAAGACAUCUGGAUCACAUGCGGUCCAUCCUGGUUAUGGCUUUCUGUCAGAAAGCACAGAGUUUGCGGAGGCGUGUAAACAGGAAGGCAUCAUCUUCAUAGGGCCGCCUUCCACUGCCAUCCGAGACAUGGGCAUUAAAAGCACAUCCAAACACAUCAUGUCAGCUGCUGGGGUGCCAAUCAUUGGUGGCUACCAUGGAGAGGACCAAUCAGAUGAGAGGCUGCAAGCAGAGGCUGCCCAGAUUGGAUACCCUGUGAUGAUCAAGGCAGUCCGUGGAGGAGGCGGCAAGGGGAUGCGUAUUGCACGGUCAGACUCUGUGUUCUUGGAGCAGUUGGAGUCGGCGAGACGAGAAGCCAGGAAAUCCUUCAAUGAUGAUGUCAUGCUGGUUGAGAAGUUUGUAGAGGAUCCCAGACAUGUGGAGGUCCAGGUGUUUGGGGACAUGCACGGUAAUGCUGUCUAUCUGUUUGAGAGAGACUGCAGCGUCCAAAGAAGACAUCAGAAGAUCAUAGAGGAAGCACCAGGGCCUGAUAUUAGUCCUGAGGUGCGAAGGAAACUUGGAGAGGCAGCCGUUAAAGCAGCCAAGGCUGUUAACUAUGUCGGAGCAGGUACGGUUGAGUUCAUAAUGGACGCCCAGCAUAACUUUUACUUCAUGGAGAUGAACACCAGGCUGCAGGUGGAGCAUCCUGUCUCUGAGAUGAUCACUGGAACCGACUUGGUGGAGUGGCAACUCAGGGUGGCAGCAGGGGAGCGCCUGCCUCUCCUCCAGGAUGACAUUGUUUUAAGGGGACACUCUUUUGAGGCUCGUAUCUAUGCCGAGGACCCAAACAACGACUUCCUUCCAGGGGCGGGGCCUCUGCUGCAUCUCUCCACCCCUUCGCCAGACCAACACACGCGUAUAGAGACUGGAGUCAGGGAAGGGGACGAGGUGUCGGCACAUUAUGACCCAAUGAUUGCCAAGCUCGUUGUUUGGGGAGAAGACCGAUCUGCUGCCUUAAAGAAGCUGCGGUAUUGCUUACGACAGUACAAUAUCGUUGGACUGAACACUAACAUUGACUUUUUGCUGAGUCUCUCGGGCCACCCGGAGUUUGAGGCUGGAAACGUGACCACCAGUUUCAUCCCUCAGCACUACGCAGACCUUUUCCCCGCUCCGAUAACUCCUUCUGGGGAAACCGUCUGCCAGGCAGUGCUGGGCCUGCUGCUGCAAGAGAGGAAACACACACAGGCAUUCAUGCAGACCUCCACAGACCCUUUCUCCCCAUUCGGCGCCAGCAGCGGCUGGAGAAGCAACAUUGGGUUUAACAGAAACAUGACGCUGCAGCUGGGAGAUGAAAAAGUUGAUGUGGUCGUUGUGUACAACAAAGAUUGCAGCUACUCAAUGCAGCUUGCCGAGGAGGUGUACACCGUGACCGGAGAGGUGGAGACGGAAGGCGGAGCAUCAUUCCUCCGCUGUUCUGUCAAUGGCGUGAAGUCUCGACCCAAACUGGUGAUCCUGGACAACACGGUGCACCUGUUCUCCAUGGAGGGCAGCGCCCAGGUGUCUGCUCCAGUGCCCAAGUAUCUGGCUGGUGUGAGCGGUGCUGGGUCUCAAGGUGCAGCAGUGGCCCCCAUGACAGGAACCAUAGAGAAGGUGAUGGUGAAGGCUGGAGACACGGUGGCCGUAGGAGACCCUCUGAUGGUCAUGAUUGCCAUGAAGAUGGAGCAUACGAUCCGGGCGCCCAAGUCUGGUGUGAUCAAGAGGGUUUUCUUCAGCGAGGGCUCUCAGGCGAACCGACAUGCUCCUCUGGUCGAACUGGAAGAGGAGGAGGGGGAGGAGGAGGGGAGCAGCCAGUAAACGGAAUCGAAACACAUAACCACACCCAUGAUUACACUGACGGGUCGGAGCCGGGGCGAGUUACUGCGACAGCUGGAGGGAAAGUGAGUCCAUCUGAACCAGCUUGGUGUCCCAUCACUCGGUACCGGAGAAUGUGGGCUUUAGUCUGAAAACCAAUAGUUAUUGUCACUGUCCGGUAGAACCAUGUGUCAUUUCUUUUAAAUUUUCUCAUGCUCCUAUCAUCAUAUAUUUGAGGAAACUAUCCAACCACUUUUGUUUCUUAUUCAUCAAAAAAAUGACAGUUUUCACUGGAACUUUCUAGGAGGAAAGAGGCUCAAUGUUAAUGAAUCUUUGGUGCAAGUAAAUAUUGUGUAGAGGGGUUAGUGGUGUCCACACAUUCAUCCCUUUCAGACCGACUCCACCCUUGAAGUGUGUUUGGUCUUGAGAAUAAAGCCGACGUCUGUUGUUGUGGAGGAGGACAAAGGCCUUUAGAAUAGGAAUGCAGAACAACCCUCCACAAUUAUCCCAACUUUUGUGACCGAAUUUGCCUCUGAUAUGAAAAUAACCCGUAAAGAAUGCAUUGUGGGUCUCCGAGGGCUUUGCACAGACGGAUGGUUUCUUUGUAAAUUGUGCGUCAGUCCACGUGAACUUGACCCUGUUCUGAUUCUCUCUUUUUACUAACUGGUGUGUUAUGAGGCCGUGUAAACUAAAACUGAUAAACAGCUGUGUUCAUUUUGUAGACGAGUGACGGAUGACUAAAAAAAGAGAAAAAAAGUAUUGGACUCGUCGGAUACUGUAAUAAAAAUGUUUAUGAAG